AUGCGGAACAGAACUGGGCUACUUCUAGGAGUCUUUGUGCUCCUUACUGGUUUCUUGAUGAUCUGCCUGGGAGCUUUCUUCAUUGCUUCAGGCUCCGUUUUCAGCUGCUGGGGAAGCCAGAUGCUGGCAUAUUUGCUCCUGCCUCUGGGAUUUGGGGUCCUUCUGAGUGGAAUUUUCUGGAGCACCUGCCGCCAAGCAAGCAAAAGCAAAGGGGUGUUCAGCCAUGUACUUGGACAACACCUUGUUCAGGUGGCCCCCUCCCUGGUCACAGUGGACAGGCCAGACUUUUACCCUCCUGCUUACGAAGAGAGCACCGACAUGGCGAAAUGGAGUCAUUCCACGGAUACAGAGGUCUCGCGUGGCCCCCCACCGCAGUACACGGAGAGGAGCCUUGAGUUCGUGCGUGAGAAUGAGGUCCACGCAGAGGCCCCACCGGCCUACGAGGAAUCCAGACCAGCGUGGUCGCCACUGCAAAGCCUGAGCGCAACGCCAGGCCACGCGCGGGGCACGGUCAUCAGACAGACCCUUGCUCUCUCGGGAGAAGCCUGCUGA